AUGAAUUAAAAAACUUCUUUAAGAAAUACAGUAAUUAAAGAUUAAACAAAGAAUCAAAAAAUGCCUUACAAUUCUCUUGAACGUGUUUCAAUUUCUCAAUCAAAUAGCAUAAAUGAGUUUUUCAACAGACAAAAACUGUAUGACGAUAUUUAUAAUUCAAACUAAUUCAAAAGCGAAAGCUUAAAAUUUCUUGCUUCUGAAAAGACAAUUAAACAUAGUAAAUACAAAGAUGUUGUCGAGUCAGCAAAAUUAAAAUUUGCCACAUCCCCAAAUAAUAUCAGAAACAAUAUGAUAUAAUUAUAAUAAAAUUCAAUAACAGACAUUGUUGAAUAGUUCAGAAAUUAGAAGAAAACAAAUAAUGUCAAACUUAAUAAUAACCCUAACAACCCCAAGAAAUUUAAGUAACUAAACUUAAAUUUAAUUUUGGUAAUAGCUAUACCUUUAAUAUGCUGCCUAGUAGUACUAAUUGAAAUGAGUCGUUUAGAAACACAAUAUACAGAUUGA